AUGUCACAGAGAUACGCUACCCAAGAUGUCGAUGUGUCGCCCUUGGGGCAGCCGUUGCACUUUGAAUUCAGCCAGCGCCGGGCAUCGAAUCGCUUUCUCAAAGCAGCCUUGACCGAGCGCAUGGCUUCAUGGUCUGCCACUGAGCUUCCCGCUCGGGGCAUCCCGACCCCAGAAUUGAUCAACCUCUAUCGUCGAUGGGGAGAAGGCGGCUAUGGCGUGAUCCUGACCGGCAACCUGAUGAUCGCGUAUGACCAACUCGAGGCAAUGGGGAAUAUGAUUAUCGACCUGGAAAAUGAAUUCAGCGGCGGACGCUUCGAAGCUUUCCAACAACUCGCCAACGCUGCCAAACAGCAUGGCAGUCUGGUUAUUGGUCAAGUCAGCCACCCUGGCCGCCAGACCGAGCAGCGAUUUCAGCCCAAUCCGGUGUCAGCCAGUGAUAUCCAGCUGAUCACCGACCAAGCCCCAUAUGCAAAGCCACGGCCGGCGAGCAUGGACGAUAUCGAGGACAUCACCCGCCGGUUUGUGCAUGCGGCCGUCUACCUACAGAAGGCCGGGUUUGACGGCAUCCAGCUGCACGGCGCGCAUGGGUAUCUCCUGGCCCAGUUCCUGUCCCAGACCACGAACAAGCGCACUGACCAGUAUGGCGGGAGUUUGGAGAACCGGGCGCGAUUGACUGUUGAAAUCGCACAAGCAAUUCGUGCUGCGAUUCCAGAUCCCCAGUUUAUUCUCAGCAUCAAAAUCAACUCGGUCGAAUUCCAGGCGCACGGGUUCACGCCCGACGAGGCCAAGGAGCUCUGUGAAAUCUUGGACCGCAACGGGUUUGAUUUUGUAGAGCUGUCUGGUGGGACCUACGAGGAGAUGGCCUUUCAGCAUCGCCGCGAGUCUACCCGGAUGCGCGAGUCCUUCUUCCUCGAGUUUGCCGAUCGCAUCACGCCCGCCCUGAAGCGGACCCGCAGCUAUGUGACCGGAGGCUUCCGAACGGCGUCAGGCAUGGUUCACGCACUCAAUACGGUCGACGGAGUGGGUUUGGGCCGUCCCAUCUGCCAGGAAUGUCGUCUGCCCAAGGAUUUGCUGGCAGGCACCGUGCAGAGCGCCAUCGAGCCAAAACUUGACCCCCAGAAUUUUAUUCUCACGGGGGCUGCAUCGGGAGCACACAUGCACCAAGUCGGAGAUGACCAGCAGCCCAGUGACAUGAGCGACGAAGCCAUGGUCGGGGUUUAUAUGCAAUGCCUGGGCCAGUGGGUGCAGAAGGUGCAGGAAGACUUUGCUGCAAUGACUUUUACUGGGUAUCCCCGUCUACCCAAGGGGCACCCAUACCAGGUUCGCCCAGGAGAAUCUCAGCCUUGGGAAAUCAGUGGAUAUCAGCCCAAGACAGGAUUAUGGCGGUUUGCGCUUUGCCUGGCGCUUGUGCCUAGCAUCAUGUACUUCGUCUGGUAA